AUGGCGGCCGGAGCUGCUGCGAUGCGUUCUGCUUGCGCUUUGGGGCUUAGGCUUGCGCUGCUCGUUUAUCCGAUGCACGGUCAGAUGCACGGUCAGGGAGUUGGGCUCGGAGGCGCUCCGAGCCCGAACACCUUGUUGCAAGACCUCCGCACCAUGCAAUUUCCCAACGCACCUGCGGGUCAACAGCCUGGUGCCUUUCCGGGGCAGGCCCAGUUCGGGUUCGGGCAACAAGGGGGCCAGGCCAUGCCUGGCAUGGCGGCUCCCAUGGCACCUGGCGGCUUCGGUGCUUUCGGUGCCGCUCAGCCCAGCCCGGGAGGAGGCGCUUUUGGCUCGGGAGGUGGCCUGCCCGGCGGGGGAUUUGGUGGUGGGUUUGGUGGGUUUGGGGCUCCUGGAGCUCCUGCACAACCCCCGCCGCCUCAGCCACAAGGGUUUGGAGGCUUCGGAGGUGGCGGCAAUCUGGGUGGGAACCCGGGGAUGCUCCAGGGAGGUCUGAAUGCAGGGCCUGCAUUUGGACAAGGACCAGCAAGUCCUAUGGGAGGAGGUUUAGGAGGCUUCGGGCAAGGCCAAGGCAUGCCUCCGCCCGGAACCUACAGCGCGCCAGGUCUACAACAGGCGAGCGAAGAGAGGACGCUUGAGGAUCUCGCCUGCACUGUUGGCAUGCACAGUGCGGUCUGGAGUGCUACCAAGCGACAGUUCCGACAGAUCUUUCAAGACACACUGCCAUGGCAGCCUGUAGCAAGAGAAGCGUUGUCGGCAACGAUGGAGUCGGGCCUCCAGAUCUUGAUGUCAGCAGGUGCCAUGGCACCCCAGGCGCCCGAUGAGUGUGGUCUCGGAAAGUUGACGCUUCAACUUUUCUCCUUCUCGGCGGUGGAUGAGCCGCAGGUCCUACUGCAGCUUUUUGCAGCUUUGGAGCAGCUGGCGUCGCCAGUGCUCACAAUGCUGCUUGACAUGCCCUUUGCAGGCUUAGCCCAGACUGGAUGGCCUAUAGUUGCGCUGUUAGCGCAGAUUAACUUACGGAAGCAACAGAUUGGCGCAGUGAACGAUGAGCGCGUUGACGGUGUGGACGACAUGGCUGGUCGACAAUUCCAGGCAGAGCUUCUUGCAGCUUUAGCCGCCAGAGAUGGAGCGGCCGCGCAGGAUGCUGCCACUCGCUAUUUGUCAGCGAACCCCCAGGGCCAGAGCGCGUUGGCACCUUUGACUGCGCUGGCGACGCAGGCCAUGGCGUCACCAGACGCACAGGAGAGGAUGCAGCUGUUGGAGGUGCUGCAGCAGGCGCUGAAGCAGGUCAUCGGCAGUGGCGCUGAGUUGGACCUCGCAUUGAGCACGAGGUGGCCACUGUGGGGCGUCCUCCACGUCGCGCUAGAUGCGUUUGCAGUCUAG